CAGAUCUUUCAACGCGGCACAUAAUCUUGCCCCGUCUACGUGUCUCUGCUCAUGACCAGACAUAGCUCUGAUUUCGUGCCUGAGAAUGUCUGAUACCUGCUGCCCGGGUGGUGUCAUCAUUCCGGUCUUGCCCAGCGGCUGACACUCAGACCAAGUUGGCGGGAAAUCUCGCCUCCCCCCUUCAAUGCGACUCUGAACUUCACCUCACCUAUUAUUUCUUCUUCAGCUCCUGAAUCUGCCUCCAUUUGACAUGGCGGAAGGUCGGACGCAGCUUGACGGCAGCAGCUCUUCGCCCCUACGAGCGCGCUCUCACCAUCCCGGCGAUGUCGGUAGAGAGGACGUCACUGUAGUGUUCUGGGCAGACAUGUUCCUCGUGUUCAUCGUUGCCCUCUGUACGCUCCUCCAACUUCCACGCAUCUACGCGCGCCUCUCCAACCCCUCCGAGAGGAGAUAUGGCCAUUUCUUACACCAUUCACUACCAUCGGCGUCGACAUCGACGGCUUCGCAGACUACAGUGUCAGACCACUCGCAGAGCGAGCUCGUGCGCACCUCAGGUUCCGAUGAGAAGGUUGUCCGCUCCGCGCCACCUACCCAUAUCCCCGCCUGGGAGUCCCUGCUUCGUCCUUUCGUUCCCUUUCUGCGGACUCAUUUCGUAGAUAGAAUUCACCUGGGCGGCACUCUGUUCUGUGCAUUUUACUUCGGUGUCCUUCUCUAUGCCGGGCUCUACCAGACGAGCGUCUUUACGAACCCGCUUAGGGCUGGCUAUGUAGCUGUAUCCCAGAUCCCUUGGAUUGUCGUCCUGGCGUCGAAGAACAACAUCAUCAGCCUGUUGCUCGGCAUUGGCUGGGACCAUCUCAACUACAUUCAUCGGUUUGCUGGUCGAUUGCUUACCAUUGCUGCCAACGUUCACGUCAUUGGAUUCGUGUACAAAUGGACCAUGGCAGGUAGCUUCACCAAGCACAUCUCUCAGGCGCGGUAUGCCUGGGGCGUGGUCGCCAUCGUCUGCAUAGACGUCCUGUUAUUGUUCUCCUUGGCCAUCUGGCGCUUGCGGGCGUACAACAUUUUCUAUCUUUCGCACAUCAUCGCGUUCAUUCUCUUCUUGGUCGCAGUAUGCCUCCACAUGCGAGCCGCCGUUCCAUGGGUCAUAGCCGGCGCCAGCGUCUACGUCGCCGACAUCCUCUUGCGCUGCAUCAAAACCCACAUCUGCACUGCGCGCAUCCAUUGCAUUCCCGAGCUCUGCGCAACGUCCGUCGAAAUUCCCUCACUCACCUCGGGCUGGCGCGCAGGCCAGCACGUCCGGAUCCGCGUCGUCUCGAUGAGCAUGGGCUGGCUCGGGUGGUCCGAGACACACCCGUUUACGAUCGCGAGCGCGAGCCGGGGCGUGGCGCAGCAGGGACUGGUGCUGCUCUGCAAAGACACGGGGAGGUGGACGAGGCGUUUGCAGGAGUUAUCUCGGCAGAGCAAGAUGGAUGGCUCAGACAUGACUGUCCCUGUGAUGGUCGAGGGCCCGUACGGGGGGCCUGGAGACACUAUGCUUUCAAGCUUCUCCGGAGUCCUACUGGUCGUCGGCGGUAGCGGCAUCUCGUACGGUCUCGCAGCCGCGGAAGAGCUCAUCCGGAAAGCCGCGGAGGGGACGAGCAGCGUCACCGUUCUCGACUUGGUCUGGUGUGUCCGGUACUCCGACUGUCUGACACCGAUGCUGCCCAUCUUCACGUCUCUGCUCGCACAGAGUCCGUCGGCCGGCGUGGCCUUCCAGAUCACCGUCUUCCACACGCGUGCUGAGAUUCCGGGACGGACGUUCAGGGCGUACGACCUGCCGGCUGGCCUCACGCUCCUCACGGGACAUCCAAGCAUUCCAAUCCGUCUGAGGGACGUCGUCAGCCGCACGCAGGCAGCGGGUUUCCUUCCUGGUGACGCCGGCAAGCCAAGAGGCGUUCUCGCCGGUGUCUGCGGCCCCAUGGAGCUCGGCGAGGAUGUGCGGAGGGCUAUUGACGAGAUAGAGCCCGACGUACAGAGGGCGGUGGGAGGGGUCGAGCUACUGGAGGAGAUCUACUCUUUGUGAUCCUUGACGUCACUGGCCUGUGUCCCUCUUUUCUGUCGCAGCAUUCCAUGUACGAUUGUAUCUUGGUCGCCC